AUGCCGACUACUCGAUCAGGCGACAAGGGCGCAGCUGGCGCAGGUGGUGAGAGUGCCGGUUCGAAGCACCAGAUUACCAACAAGACCUCCCCAGCUUCCAAGCGCACUAAGAAGGACGGCGACAAGCAGCAGAAGACCAUCGAGGAAACGCUACCAAGUCCUACCGAAGCGUAUGGCAGUGGCCACCAACCCGCAAAGCCCAUGCAAGAGGCCAAGACCGACGAAGAUCAGAAGGAACCGCAGCCUGAAGAUCAGCCCGCCAACGACGGCGAUGCUGAGCAGCCAGGUGCGCGUGACGGUGCCGUACCUUCCAGCAUCCUCGAAAAGGGCCUGAUCUACUUCUUCUUCCGUGGCCGCGUCGGCAUUGACGAACCCAGCAGUGUCAACGAGAUCGCUCGCAGCUACAUGGUCCUGCGCCCCCUCGAGAAGGACGCCAAGCUCGGCGAAGGCACAAUCAAUGAUGCUGGCAACAGUCGCCUGAUUGCCAUUCCUAAAAAGGUUCUGCCUCUCAGUGGCAGGGACCGAUGGAUUGCCUUUGUGGAGAAAUCCGAUGCUUCGUUCAAGACCCUGAAGGACGAUUUCCUCUCUGCCAACGACUACACCACCAAGACUGCGGGAGUUCGGCAUAGCCCUGGAGCCACCCCAGUUGCGGAGGGCAUCUAUGCUAUCACGACAACUGGUCGCGAAAGUCACCUGGCGUACAUGAUCACCCUCCCUUCUGAUCUGGGAGAGGUUCAGACAGAGAUUGGCUUGCGGGAGAAGGGCAGUUUCAUCCUCAGCACCAGAAACCCGUCUUACGAGGCGCCUGGCGGGACUGCUCUCCCAGAGGGCCCGGACUAUCCCGAAGAAGUCCUCGAUGAGUUCCGAGCACUUCGCUGGAUGCCGUCACAGCCCAAGCACCUCGAUUAUGUCAGCACUCAAUUCCUUCUGGUUGGCGAAUCCAGUGGUAUUGAGAAGGCGACCGAACCUCAAAAAGAGGACAAGAAAGAGGGUAAAGAGGAACCCGUGGAAGAGAUGCAGAAGCUCGAAGAUGAAGAUACCCACAGAAUGGAGGCCCUGAAGGGCGAUGAUUCAACGACCAUCUUCGCUGAUCUGGAUGCUCACGCGAAGGAUUAUCCCAAGCUCCCGACCACUUUUUGA